AUGGCCACCACCGGGGCCCUGGGCAACUACUACGUGGACUCCUUCUUGCUGGGCGCCGAGGCCGUGGACGAGCUGGGCGCCGGCCGCUACGCGCCGGGGGCCCUGGGCCAGCCCCCCCGGCAGGCCGCGGCGGCGCUGGCCGAGCACCCCGACUUCAGCCCUUGCAGCUUCCAGUCCAAGGCCGCGGUGUUCGGCGCCUCGUGGAACCCGGUGCACGCGGCGGGCGCCAACGCGGCGUUCCACCACCACCACCACCACCACCACCACCCCUAUGCGCACCCCCAGGCGCCCGUGGCCGCGGCGGCGCCGGACGGCAGGUACAUGCGCUCCUGGCUGGAGCCCACGCCCGGCGCGCUCUCUUUCCCGGGCUUGCCCUCCAGCCGGCCUUAUGGCAUUAAACCUGAACCGCUGCCGGCCAGAAGGGGUGACUGUCCCACGCUUGACACGCACACUCUGUCCCUGACUGACUAUGCUUGUGGUUCUCCUCCAGUUGAUAGAGAAAAACAGCCCGGCGAAGGCGCCUUCUCCGAAAACAAUGCUGAGAGUGAGAGCGGCGGAGACAAGCCCCCCAUCGACCCCAGUAACCCUGCUGCCAACUGGCUGCACGCACGCUCAACUCGCAAGAAGCGCUGCCCUUAUACCAAACACCAAACGCUGGAACUGGAGAAGGAGUUUCUGUUCAACAUGUACCUCACCAGGGACCGCAGGUACGAGGUGGCCCGGCUGCUCAACCUCACUGAGAGGCAGGUCAAGAUCUGGUUCCAGAACCGCAGGAUGAAAAUGAAGAAAAUCAACAAGGACCGGGCCAAGGACGAAUGA